AAUUCCAGUUAAUCUCAGUUAAGUCUUAAAAUUGUUCCAUAUGAAGAAGAGAGCCUUGAUCAAAAGAAGAAUGGCGAUUGACAGAUCAGCUUCAGAAUAGAGACAAACCUGAAAAAGAAGCAACCCAGACUCUUUCCAUGACCAGAAGAAUGAGCACUGAGAGACCUUCCAUCUUAAUCAAACAUCCAGGGCAGACAAGCAUUCCAUCCCUCGAAAACAUAAGUGAUUUUUCAUUAAAUAUCACUGACUGCACCCAGGUUGUGGUGCCGGAGGAAGUGUUUUUUACUGUUGCUGCUGCUGGGAUACUGGAAAAUCUACUUAUCCUCAUUGCUGUUGUUAGAAAUAAGAAUUUACACUUGCCCAUGUACUUCUUCAUUUGUAGUUUAGCCAUUUCAGACAUGUUAGGUAGCUUGUACAAAACCCUAGAGAAUAUCUUUAUCAUCUUGUGCAAAAUGGGAUACCUGACACGUCACGGAGACUUCGAGAAAAAACUGGAUGAUGCCAUGGAUUCCAUGUUCAUUCUGUCUCUGCUGGGGUCUAUUUUCAGCUUGCUAGCCAUUGCAGCAGACAGAUACAUCACUAUCUUCUACGCCUUGCGGUACCACAAUAUCAUGACGCUGAGGAGGGCCUUGGUUAUCCUGGCAAUCAUCUGGGCGUUCUGUGCCGGCAGCAGCAUUGCCAUUGCCCUCUUCUCCUAUGAAGCAGCAACAGUCAUUCCCUUCACCAUCCUGUUCCCUUUGAUGAUGUUUUUCAUACUCUGCCUCUACGUCCACAUGUUCCUCCUGGCUCGAACUCAUGCCAAAAAGAUCGCCUCACUGCCCAGCACCAUCCAUCACAGAACUAACAUGAAAGGUGCGAUCACACUGACUAUUUUUCUUGGAGUUUUCCUUUGCUGUUGGGCCCCCUUUGUUCUUCACAUCCUCUUAGCAAGGUUUUGCCCACACAACCCUUACUGUGCCUGCUACAUGUCUAUUUUCCACGUGAAUGGGACACUCAUCAUGUGCAAUGCCAUCAUCAACCCUAUGAUUUUUGCAUUCCGAAGCCCAGAACUGCGGAGCACAUUUAAGAAGAUGUUCUACUGUUCCAGGUCAAAAUGUAGCUGGUGAAUACUUCAUAAAAAAUUAAAAUUAUGGAAGCAUUUAUGGGGUCCUGUGCAACAUCUGU